UGUCAAACAUUCAAGAGAAAAAUACCAAAAACACUCGCAAUUUCACGCCGGGAAUCGAAGUUCUGUCCCGCGAACCAACCGAUCCGAAAUGCUGUCCUCGCGCGCUCUGCUGCUGGGUCGUAUGCUGCAGCGGACGGCGGCGGCCCGCGUGGCCGUUCCGGCCAUCCGCCAGCAGACCGUCCGUCACGGUGGCCACGAUGUGUCCUACCGGAUGAACGGACCGAAGGCGGACAUGCUGGCCCGGGUUGGUGCGCAGGUGGCCGGUGGACUCAUGUGGUGGUGGGUUCUGUGGCAUCUGUUCCACGAGUACGAGCACAUUACGGGCGAGUUUGAGUAUCCGGAUCCGUCGCAGUGGACCAACGCCGAGCUGGGCAUUCCUGCGGAUGAUGUUGAAUAAGUGGUCGGAACUGUGCGUGGGAUGUUUUAUUGAAAAUCUGCUAAACUCUUUCGAUUGGUAAUUUUUGAUGAUGGUGUAAAUAAACAGUGCCCAUGAGUGUGUGGUAGAGAAGGUUGA